UUGUCUUAUUCUGCUUCAAAACAACAAUCCCAACUGGUAAGUCAUUGUAUUUUGAAAUUGAGUAUUGAUUCUUGUGAAUGUGGAAUUUUUUUGUGAAUAUCUCAUAAACAUCUCAUAAAAAUUGCCUCAUAUUUUUCCCCCUUUCCAUGAGCCAAAAAAAAACGUAUAUUUCGAAAUAUUGCAAUCGUGUGACACAUAUCACCCUUCGAAUGAGAAAAAAUGUUCAUUUUGUCUUUUUCCCAUUCAUUGUGUUGUGUUGUGUUAUAUGCAAAAAGUUAGCGUUGGUAUAAAUGCGUGUCGCGUUGCGGUUAGGGCGUUUUGAUGCAAUUAUGUUGUUGUGCAGGUGUAUAAUGCGCGUACCUCCCCCUUUUUUGUUUUUAGCACAUCAGUCUGUUUGGCACCCUUCACCAUUACUAGCUGCUCAUUUAUUAGGUCAUUUAUUACUCUUUGUUAUUGUCAUAUACAUAUUCUGUCAUCUAUCUUUUUCUAAUAUCCACAAGUGUAAGUUUUUCUGAAAGCUUUCAUGAAUUCAUUUGGUGAAUAGGAUAGGAUAGGAUAAUAUAAAAAGUUGUUUUCCAACCGAAUCCAAUCUAGUGAAAAGAAAAGAAGAAAGUUAUCGGGUCGCGGAAAUCUGCAUUUUUUCUUCUUGUUGCGCGCAAAAAGAUAUAAUCGAUGAUUGAUUCGACUUUUCAUUAUACAUAUCUGACCCACCCAAACAUAUUUUCAAUCAUAAUAAACGGAAUAUGUAGAAUAGUAGUAUCAAGAUAAAACAAAAAUUGGUAUCAAUGAUGUGGAUUGAUAAAAGUGCAAGCAAUAGAUCAAUAAGAACAUAAAAAUUGUUUAUAGAAAAAUGGCUCAAAUCGCACCAACCCAAGUCAACGGAGCUGCACCAAUCUCCGCACCACCACCAGCCAAUGCUCAACAUGUUAUGGCGGCUCCGCCACCACCACAAAACGCGGGCGCACCGGCCACAGCGCCAACCUACUCGAUGGCAUCGUUGUAUGUCGGCGACCUCCACCCGGAAGUCACUGAAUCAAUGUUGUUCGAGAAGUUUAGGUGAGUGUCAGAAAUAAAAUGGCGUGAGAAAAAACAGAGGAAAUCAAUAUAUUUUUGCAGCGCUGCUGGACCAGUAUUGUCGAUCCGUGUUUGCCGCGAUAAUGCGAGUCGCAUGUCCCUCGGCUACGCUUAUGUCAACUUCCAACAACCAGCUGAUGGUAUGUAUUUAAAGGGAGGAGGGGGGAAGAAAGAAACAAUCAGUCAGUCUGUGUGCACCGAGGCUGUGUAAACAAAUCGCUCUCUUUUGGUCAAAAAUUGACCGUUUUUCGUUGAACAGAACAGUUUUGCAGCGAGGGAAAUGAAAAUAAUAUAUGUAUGUAGAAAAAACCAGUUUUUUGCAGCCGAACGUGCUCUCGACACGAUGAACUUUGAAACAAUGUUGGACAAGCAAAUGCGCAUUAUGUGGUCGCAACGUGAUCCAGCUGCCAGAAGAUCUGGAAACUGCAACAUCUUCAUCAAGAAUUUGGACAAAGACAUUGACAACAAGUCAAUCUACGACACUUUCUCAUUGUUCGGAAACAUUGCAUCUUGCAAAGUUGCUGUUGAUGAAGAAGGAAUCAGCCGUGGAUACGGUUUCGUUCACUUUGAGAACGAAUCAUCCGCAUUGAAUGCGAUUGAGAAAGUCAAUGGAAUGCUUCUCUCCGGCAAGAAAGUUUAUGUUGGAAAGUUCCAAUCGAGAGGACAACGCUUACGCGAAUUCGGAGACACCGGAAGAAAGUUCACCAAUGUUUUUGUCAAGAACUUUGGAGACAAUCUUGAUGAUGAGAAAUUGGUCAAAUUGUUCGAAAAAUUCGGAACAAUUUCAAGCGCAACUGUUAUGAAGGAUGCUGCUGGAAAACCAAAAGGAUUCGGAUUCGUCGCUUAUGCUGAAGCUGAAGAUGCAGCCAAAGCUGUUGAAGAGAUGAAUGAUCAAAUUUUGGAAGGAACUGAAUUGAAGUUGUUGGUUUGCCGCGCGCAAAAAAAAUCAGAAAGAUCAUCCGAAUUGAAGAGAGCUUAUGAAGCCAAGAAGCAAGAAAGAAUUCAACGUUAUCAAGGAGUCAACUUGUACGUCAAGAAUUUGGAGGAGAAUGUGAAUGAUGAGGAGCUCAAGAAGCACUUCGAUUCAUUCGGAACCAUCACUUCCGCCAAAGUUAUGACUGAUGAGAAUGGAAGAUCGAAAGGAUUCGGUUUCGUAUGCUUCGAAAAACCAGAAGAGGCAACCAACGCUGUCACCGAGAUGAACUCAAAAAUGGUUGGAACCAAACCGCUUUACGUUGCGCUUGCUCAACGCAAAGAGGAUCGCAAAGCCCAACUCGCAUCCCAAUAUAUGCAAAAGUUGGCAACACUUCGCAUGCACCCAGGAGCUGUGCCAAAUAUGUAUCCAAAUGCGCAAGGUGGAUUCUUUGUCACCAACACCAUCCCGGUAGGUCUUUACUUUUUGAAGUGUAGAACAAAAGACAGGUGUUUGGGAAAGGGCAAUAAUUAUGAUAUUAUCUAUUGCCCCUUCCCAAAAAGAUUUGCGAUACACAUCUUUCUUAAUGGAAAAACAGAUUAUGGGAAAACAAUUAUAAUUAUAGGCUCAAACAAGAUUCCAACCAAUGCGUGGAGCACCAAAUGUUGGCAACCGCCCAGGGAACAUGUAUCCAAAUCAACCACUUAUUGUUCAAUAUCCACAAGUCAACAACAACCGAAAUGUGUAUGCGCAAGGAGUUCAUCGCAAUCAACCACCAAGACCACAAUACAACAUGGGCCCACGCAACAAUAUGCAAGGACCACCACGUGGCGGACCACCAAUGCAAGGAAUGCCACCAAUGCAUAUGCGCCAAGGACCACCUCCACAACAACAACAGCCACGUGGAGGACAACCACAAGCGCCUCAACAACCAGCGCAACAACCGCAACAACAAAAACAAUAUUACGGCAACCAGGGACGUUCAGGCCCACCACAAUCUGCUCAAUCUGGAAUCGUCAUUUCCGGACAAGAACCGCUCACUUCACACAUGUUGGCACAAGCUGCUCCACAGGUUUGUAUCAUUUAGAAAAACAUGUGAACACUUUUUUAAAUUAAAUUAAUUUUCAGGAACAAAAACAACUUCUCGGUGAACGUAUUUAUGCGCAAAUCGAAAAAAUGUUCCCUGGACACAAAGAUGCUGGAAAAAUCACGGGAAUGAUGCUUGAAAUUGACAACUCAGAGUUGAUCAUGAUGCUCCAAGAUGAAGAGCUAUUCAGAAGCAAAGUUGAUGAGGCGUCGGCUGUGUUGAACACUGCCGCUCAAUAA